UCGUAGUGACCAGACCAGCAAAUGAUGGUUGGUAAAGGGGAUGAUUGAAAGUCAAAGUAGAGGAAACGAAUGACAGAAGGAAGACGAAUGGAUUUGGAUUCUGUGAAGAAAUACUUAGAGAAAGGGAGCAAAAACACAAGUGAAGUGGAUUCAACGCCUUCAAAGUUCUUGGAAUCCUUAAUCAUGAAUGGCCUCAGCGUCGAUCUCAUCGAACCUGGCCACAUCGUUUGCUCCAUGAAGAUACCACCACGCUUACUAAAUUCGGGUAAUUCCUUGCACGGUGGUGCCACCGCUGCGCUGGUGGAUGUGGUGGGCGCAGCCGCCAUUCCCUUCGCCGGAUAUCCACGGAAUUCGGGAGUUUCCGUCGAAAUCAGCGUCUCGUAUUUGGAUGCUGUCCAUGCCCAUGAGGAGAUUGAGAUCGAUGCCAGGGUUCUACGUGUGGGAAAGGCUGUUGCUGUUGUGAGCGUGGAGUUGAGGAAGAAGAAAAGUGGCAAAAUUUUUGCUCAAGGGCGUCACACUAAAUAUCUUGCCCUUGCCAGUAAAAUGUAAAAGUCACUAAAUCAGCAAAUAUGUCACUGAAGUAAGCGAUUCAGGUUCAUAUU